AUAUCAAAACACACGAAACUUAAUUACGAAAGGAGAUAUAUAUGUUUUAAUAUUAAAAUCUGUUCUAUUUUAGAUGCAUUCACAUUCGGACUGUCACAAAAAGGACUGUGUUACUGAAACUAUUGAUGUUUUGUUUUUUAACUUUGCGUUGAAAAUUAAAUUGUAAUUACUGCCCGCUUAGUGUUAUUUCAUAAAAUAGAAUAAAGCCAAUCGCCAACUUAUUGUAACCUUAACUUUGUUGAUCAAAUGGAGAUAAAUAAAAUAUUUUUUUCUUAUUUUGACACUUUACAAAAAAACAACAAUAAAUAAACUAAAAAUAAGACUUUUUUCAUAGAAAUAUUUUUGUAGUGACACUUUAUUAGCAGUGAAGGUUCUAACGUUUGAGGAUACAUCUAUCUAUCUUUCUUUUGAUGUACACGUUCAAGUGUAAUAUCUAGAAAUUCGUCAGGAAAUUAAGUGAAACAAUACUUAUCUGAAAAAAUGGUUGAUAAUGGGAAACAAAAUCGUUUUCGAAAACUUCUUAAAGAUGUGAAAGAGCGUGAAAAAGAAAACGGAAAAACUUUCAGGGACAUUUUGAAGGAUUUAGCAGACUCGAGUUCUCUUCACGGAAUUCCGAGAAUUGUCGCCUCACGGCAGACUACAGUAAAAGUGUUAUGGUCCUUACUUUUCAUAGCCACGUGCUCGCUCCUUGGAUAUCAGCUGCUGGGAUUGUAUAACAAUUAUUACUCCUAUCCGAUACAAACUGUUGUAAAAUUGGAUUCAAGUGCCAUAAAAUUUCCCGCCAUUUCUUUGUGUAACAUGAACCCAGUGAAAUACUCUGAACUGAUUCAAAUAGAUAGUUUGAACUUCAUACUGAAUGAAAACACGCAUCAAGCAAAUUCGACGGAACCUACCACUUCAUUGCCGGAUGGUGAUUAUAAUUAUGAUUAUUUUGAUGACCAGAAUGACUGGGACAGCUCCGUCAAUACUGACAGGUAUUUAGAUCAACAGCUCAGUGGUAACGUUGGUGAAUGGACAAAGAGGGUCAAUAAGUUCAAAGUUAUCCAUAGGGGUUUAGAUUUGGAAUUGCGGACAAAAGCGGGUCAUCAACUAAAAGAGUUCAUUUUUUCGGUAGAUUAUGCGGGGACUGAAGUGAAUGUAUCGAGACUACAGCACUUCACAUCCCCGAUAUAUGGAAACUGCUUCACUUUGUCCUCUAGACAAUUUAUAUCCUUGAAAAGUGGCCCAGCCAAUGGGAUCACAAUUACUUUAAACUUGGAGACGGAUGAAUAUGUAGAACAACUUUCAACAGGGUAUGGUGCACGUUUAGUAUUGCAUGAACCCGGAACAUACCCCUUACCAUAUGACGAAGGCAUAACUUUAAGUCCAGGAACUGAGACAAACCUUGGACUGAAAAUGGUACGUAUAUCGAGACUUGGUCAGCCGUACGGUAUCUGCACAGCCGGAGACGAGUUUCAGCGACAAUACAAAAAGAGAUACAGCGUGGCG